AUGAUAUUGCAUCUACAUGAUGAUCCAAAAGAUGUCAAAAAAUGGUUAUAUAUCGCAAGUUCUGAUUUAUUAAAAGAAUUAGAAAAUUUUAUGUCUACUAUCAUUAUCAAUGGAUUUGGUACAAACAAUGGUGUAUUAUUUGUUAAACCAACAGGAAGACAAGUUGACAGCUCUCAUCGAUAUUAUUUUUAUAAAGUGUUAGCUCGUGUUCGACGAGCGGAUAUAUAUAAAUUCUUCAAAGUCUAUACAAAUAAAGAAGUUGAACAACACUAUGAAGAUGCACAAGUUAUAAUUGCUCGUGAACGUAUACAAAUCUGUUUAAAUGUCGUUCAUUCAGGUAUUGAUAUAACACAUAGAAAAACAAUUAUUGAUUAUACAACUGAUUUGUUCCCAGAAAUAAUAGCUGUAUCAACAACAGCAACAGAAGAAGUAGCAGCAGCAGAACAUUUAUCAGAAAAAAUCAACGAUUUACCAAGUCCUCAUUCUUCAUUAUCUUCUUUAGCAACACCAGUACUCAGUCCACCUUCAAAUGGGCGUGGAUGA